GCACACAGAAGGUUUCGAGGCCGAGGAGGGAGAUGUUUAACAAAGUUUAUCCGCUGUUUCUGGUAUUUGUGCUCUCGGGCGCAACACACAGAGAAAUCCCAGACUUCAAGUUUCAGCCAUGUCCGUGGCACUCUGACCUAGAUCCUGCCUUGGAGUCCUGCAACUUAAACAAUGGCACAGUACUGUUGCCUCACAACCGGACACAGCUGCUGGAACCAGGCACUAAGUGUGACGUAGUGUGCCAAACGCCUGAUGACCGAGGAACUGCGACAUGUGUAGAUGGAGAAUGGGAGUUGGCAUGUCAGAGAGGGGUAACAAGCAAGUUUUUGCAGAAAGAAGUGGCACCAAAGGAAAAACGCUUUCUUGGUUUCCUACUUGCUGCUGUGCUAGGAAAUAUUGCAGGCAUGGUAUUUUGCCGAAGUCGACCAAGAGAUAACCAAAAGCCUGUUUUUAAUUCGAUAUUGCCCGAUCUUCACAAAACGGCUGACCCAAUACAGACCAACAAACGCGGUGUCACCUGGAAGGAGCCCACGGCCACGGAUGACAGAGAUGGAACUGUGGGUGUACAUCGAUACGGCCCUGGCCCUGGCUACACGUUCGGAGAAGGCGGAACAAGAGUAGUCUAUUCCGCUAAGGACAGAUCAGGAAAUGAAAACCGAAUGUCAUUCUAUGUCUACGUACGGGUGGUUCGAUGCAGCCCUGGUCCAAGCAAGGUGUUCCCCAACGGGUACUACGUGUGUCAUCCAAGCUCGGACUUCGUUCAGGGUACACGGUGCACCUACAGCUGUUACAGCGGGUAUGAGAUACACGGACACAGUGUCCGGACAUGCGAACCACAAGGGGACAAUGGCAGAUGGUCGGAACCUGAACCAACUUGUGAAAGAGUAACAUGUCCAUCUUUAGAACCUGUGGCAAAUGUUGACGUCAAGUGUUCUGAUAAGGCGUACUUCAAAAGCACGUGUACUUAUGAGUGUCGCCCCGGAUAUGACGUUAAGCCAGGCAUGACCCGUCUUAGAGUGUGCACUGCUCAGAAAACUUGGCGUGGGACAAAUCCAGUGUGCAUUGACACAGAACCGCCCAGAUUCACAACCUGUCCAAGCUACCAGCUGUUCUUCACGGAGCAAGGGUCAAAAAACGGCUUCGUUGACUGGGCGGAACCAACGGCAAGUGAUAACAGUAACAAGGUCACAGUGACACCUGUUAGCAAACUGUCCAACAAUGGGUUCGAGGCUGCGGGGGUAUACUCAGUUGUGUACACAGCCACAGACGCCCAGGGUAACAAGGGGCAACAGUGUAGCUUCAAGGUCGUCAUAAGAGAACUGAAGUGUCCGGCCCAAUACGCCCAUCCCUACAUGCGAGUGGACUGUCCCCAUGGCCACAGAUACGGGGCGCGGUGUAACUUCACCUGUCAGUCAGGGUACAGCCUGCUCGGGGGACCAGAUCACACGAGGUGUGAGAAACCAGGGAAAGACGCCAAGUAUGUGGCAUGGACGAACAGGCAACCAGUCUGCCACUUAUCCAGAACCUGCCCCCAACUGGCCCCACCCGGUAACGGUGCCCUGGCCUGUGAUCUGUGGGAGGGAGGCAAGUACUGUCAGAUGCAGUGUAUGACGGGUACAGAUAUCCCACCAACAUUCCUGUACAAGAAACUCUUCGUGUGUGGAACGUCGGGUUCAUGGGAUUUCUCAGGAAGCAUACCAGACUGCGCAAAGGUAAGACAUCCCGGAUCAGCGACACUGCGCAUGGGCAUUCAUUGGUACUUUGAUGGAGAAUGUCCAAAUCCAGCUACCAUGGAUGUAAUCAAACUGAAUUUUGUAACUGCUUUCAAAGCCAGCCUUUUCAAGGAGGCCUGUGACAAGUCCAACUGUCGGGCUGACGACGUCCAGGUUACGUGUGGAGCUAUUAACGUAAAGCGCAGCGUCAACGAGACUCAUCGAAAGGAAUAUCACAUUCAUGCCAACAUUGUAUCACCACUGGAUCCGUCACGUUUGAAUGAAGCACAGUUUGAAGAUGCCAACUCAAACAUGCAGAUCCUGCUGCAGGCGAUAAGAACUGACGUAAACAGUAACUCCUCGGCAUUAAUUCCCGCCUCGAUCAAACCUGUUAACACAGUAGGAGUGACCAGUGACCAUUUGAGUCUUGAUUGUCCUCUUGGUACAUUCCCCUCAUACAGAACAUAUGGAUGUGUGGGCUGUGUCCGAGGCAGUUACUUCAACGCCGAUACAGCCGAAUGUACACAAUGUCCAGUUGGUCAGUAUGCAGACAGUGCUGGACAGACAAGAUGCAGUCCUUGUCCCACCCACACGACCACAGUGGCAACAGGAGCAACGUCUACAACGCACUGUGAAGCUAUGUGUAAGCCGGGCAUGUUCUCUGCGAGCGGAGUGGAGCCCUGCAGUCUGUGUGACAUCGGCCAGUAUCAGGAGAGAUGGGGAAGCAGGUCAUGUCUGGAGUGUCCCGGUGGAAGGACUACCUUGAACCAAGAAGCAGAGUCAGUUGACAAAUGCCAGGAAUUUGAUGUUGAGUUUAUAGAGAGCGAAAACUCUACUGCGGAAGUUGAGAUAUCUGUUAGAGAGAAGAUGGAUGUAGACAAUAUCACUUUAACCCUAUGGCUGAAGGCAGCCAAAGGUGAAGGUCAUGUCCUUACGGUCACAUCGGAGGGGAAAGACUUGAUGUCAAUUCGGUUGGAAGACUAUCAGCUUAAGACUUCUUCACAAGGAAGUGGCAUCAUCGAGUCAGCGGUCCUCCUAAACGAUACAAGAUGGCACCAGCACACCGUCGUGGUCACACUUGGCGCAGUUGAAGCCCACACAGACGGUGUUCGUGGAAGGACGUCAGGGUAUAUACAUACAGAGCUCAUGACCAUCAACGAGUCACUGGUUUUCACCGCUGGUGGGGAAGGGUUCGUCGGGAGCAUCUCACAGAUGAACCUUUGGUCCGGAAGCAAUGUCGACAACCCUCAUAAGUGUUUCAGCCGUGACGGUGGAGACAUUCUUUCAUGGCGAAUAUUUGGUCAAGCUGAUUUAAAGGACAGCUUCCUGCAGAUACCCAGCGAGUGUGAUGACAGUGACGAAUGCACCUCUGGUCCAUGUGUCCAUGGCGAUUGCACGGAUCAGCUAGGCGGCUACAGGUGCACGUGUAGUGAGGGCUACACCGGGGUGAACUGCGACGUCAACAUGGACGACUGUGGCGGUAACGUGUGUGCAAACAACGCUACGUGCGUGGACGGCGUCGCGAGCUACACCUGUCUUUGUACGCCGGAAUACACGGGACAAUACUGUGACGAUGUUCUAGUACACGGCGGAUGGGGAAGCUGGGGAAACUGGAGCAGAUGCAGCGAGGAAUGUGAUGGAGGGAAACAAAAUCGUUCUCGACGCUGUGACAACCCGGUACCACAACAUGGAGGCAGCGAAUGUGAGGGGGACAGUUUUAACGCAAGGGACUGUAACACACAGACGUGUCCAGCAUGUUCUGAAGUUACCCCACCCAUGAAUGGCACUUUCGACUGCGACAUGAACGGGAAGAUGAUGUUCUGCAACGUGAGCUGCGAAGAAGGCUACGACUUCGACAUCCCCCCUCUGGACGUGUACGAGUGUGGUGAUGAGACGGGAUACGUGUGGAACUUCAUCACUGAAGACAACCCCUAUCACAGACUGCCAAAGUGCAUGGAAAUCCAUCCAGCAGAAGCCUUGACGGUUAAUUAUAAAGCCGAGUAUAUGGAUCUGAUAUGUGACCACACCAAUAUGGAUGAUGCAAAGAGAAAGGUUGAAGGGGCGGUUCGUGCUGAGACAACCUCAGUCCCUUGUAUUAUAGACAAACGGUGUCAGGUGAAAAACAUUACCAUCGACAGUUGUGACGCGUCACGGCGGGAAAAACGUUCGGCAGAUCCAACUGGGUUCACGGUGACGUUUGGAAACAGUCCUGUUUCUGUUGGCCUCAUAGUCAGCUUGAAAGAUGUGGAAAGUGCAGUGAUACACAUGAACACAUCAGGUCAAAGCGGAGUCUUCACUGUCAAGAUCGGAGGCAGGAACUUCUACUUGAACCAACAUUCUACCACCAUCACAGGGGACGUCACGUGUCCCGAUACUCUGACAAGGGUCGAUGCCUAUUGUGUGCCGUGUGGACCCGGCACAUACCUGCUGAACGGCCUCUGUGAGACAUGUGACAAGGGAAGAUACCAGGAUGAAACUGGGCAGACAUUUUGUAAGGCCUGUACUUCCGGGAAGACAACUCUUGGGCGAGGUGCUGUUGACGUGAACGAAUGCAACGUUGAUGUAAAAGGCUCAGAUUGGAACCUUCCUGUAGCUGCCAUUGCCGGUUCCGUGUCUGCAUGCUGUGUUCUCACUGCCAUCGUCAUUGUCGUACUAUAUAAGAAAUGGCGGAAGCGUUACCGAAAGGUGAAGGUGCUGCAGAUGGAGAUGGAGACAAUACAACGACAACAACCGUAUAUUCUGCCCAGAAACACACACUUCCGACCCAAAACCGCACUGUCCCUUCACGAUGGAGAGAUGUAAAGAGGGGCCUAUGUUUGAUUGAUUGUCUGUUUGUUUGUUGUUUGACGCCGCACCCAUCAAUAUCCCAGCUAUAUGACGGCGGUCUGUAAAUAAUCGAGUCUGGACCAGACAAUCCAGUG